AUGGCUGCCGCGGUCGGGAUGAGGACGUGGAGCGGUGCGACCGGAGGACUUUUCCCCGGGUGGGGAGUCCUGCUCCUGGGUUUACUCAGCUCCAUACACGCGGCUGUCGCAGCUCCAGAGCGCGGACUGUGGAGGAACACCCUUGUAAAUACCUCAAGACCGCUGCUGAUAAGAAAAUCCAUGUAUAAAGACACUGAUAUUGAAGUGAAAGUACUUUUGUUUGGCUGUCCCGAGGAGGUGACCUUCACCAUUCACUGGUUUUUAAAAUACUACCCCUGUCACAAUGAAUUCAGCAACAUUGAUGAAAUGUAUGAGAGAACGCCUCUGAGUCGUGGAGAGAGCCUGGAUCCAAAUCCCCUCGGACAAGGGGAGUUCAUCGAACACAAGUACAAGCCUGUGACGUGUAACGGUGCACUGCGCUCUUUCCCGAUGCUCAAAAAAGCCAAAGCAGACCCACGUCCAGUUGCUCCGCCUGUUGAGGGCAAAGUGCCAGAUGAAAAUGAAAUCAAAUUAAUUACUGAGGAGUAUGAGAGCAACAGCGCCACAAAGAAUGCCAGUGUAAACAUUAAAGACGAUGUCAUUGCCACCACGUGGAAGGAUGGGCCGUACCUGCUGGUUGUUAAGAUUGUGCCCAGUAAACAGGACGCUAACUGGAAUUUAACAGUGAACGUGGUGAUGAAAGGCAGCCAUGGCUACAUUUCUAUCACAGAGUGGCCUCUCAUGAUUUUCUACAUGGUGAUGUGCAUCGUGUACAUCCUUUAUGCCCUGCUGUGGUUUGCCUGGGCAGCGUGCUACUGGAAGGAUCUGCUGAGGAUCCAGUUCUGGAUCGCAGGCGUCAUAUUCCUCGGGAUGGUGGAGAUGGCCGUCUUCUGCGCUGAAUACGAAAACACCAAUGCUGUUGGCUCUGCUUCUUCAGGCUUGUUGAUCUUUGCCGAGCUGGUCUCUGCCCUGAAGAGGACUUUGGCUCGAUUGCUCGUCAUCAUCGUCAGUCUUGGCUAUGGAAUUGUAAAGCCUCGGCUGGGGACAGUGAUGCAUAGAGUCGUGGGGCUCGGUGUCCUCUACUUUGCCUUUGCAAGCAUUGAAGGUGUCCUGAGGAUUACUGGGGCGAAAGACUCUGACUUGGCCCUGCUGGCCAACAUUCCCCUGGCUCUGCUUGACUCCUCUCUAUGCUGGUGGAUCUUUGUCAGCCUGGCACAAACCAUCAAGACUCUGAAGCUGAGGAGAAACCCUGUCAAGUUGUCUCUCUACAGGCACUUUACAAACACGCUGAUAUUUGCUGUGAUUGCUUCCAUAAUUUUCAUGGCCUGGACAACAAAAAAAUUCCGGCUUGCAGAUUGUCAAUCUGACUGGAUCGAGCUGUGGGUGGAAGACGCUUUCUGGAGGUUCCUGUUCUCCAUCAUUCUGCUCGUCAUUAUGUUUUUAUGGAGACCAUCUGCAAACAACCAACGGUAUGCCUUCACACCUCUCAUUGAUGACUCAGACGAUGAGGUCGAAGAGUUCAUCACCUCUUCAAAUCUUGCAGAUGGCAUUAAGUUGAGAUCAACUAAAGGUGACACAAAUGGCACAGUGAAGCCUGCAGAAACAAACCCAGAGGAUGACUUGAAGUGGGUGGAGGACAACAUUCCCAGCUCUCUUGCUGAUGUAGCUCUUCCAGUCCUGCUCGACUCAGACGAGGAAAUCAUGACAACAAAGUAUGAGAUGUCAAAGCUGGAGUGAGACAGAACAUUUCUGGCCUUCGGCUGACAUGGAGGGAGAACAGAAGCAGGUGUCGCUGACUCUGCACCAGGGUCUUCUCCAGGAUUUCCAUUUGGGUGGUGGUGCAGUGCCAUUAAGCUUUUUCAGGGGAUCCUCCUGAAUGUCUGCUACUUCGCAAGUGGUGCAAGUCGCAAUUCAGGAGGAGCUCUGCUCAUUUCCUCAACUUCUGAAGAACUGUACCAGAGGAAGAAGGGUCUUUUCACUGACCAACUGGUUCAUCAUUUCCCUUAUAAGAACAGUUCUGAGGCUUUCUUUCCAAAGAGAAUGUUUCAUUUCGUAUGACACGUUGUAUUUAUCUAUGUUAUUUGAAUUUAUUUUAUCAGCGAAUUAAGGACCACAUGCAUGGACGUACUUUAACUUGUAAACAUUAAGUGUCUUUUUGAGGGUAUUCACAUAUAAUGGGUUGGUUGUAAAAAAAAAAUUAAAAUAAUAAAGGCCUAUGAUGAGGAAAAAUUAUGAAAAGGCCUUCAUUAACAUCAAGAAUGAAUUAUUGCUUGAUUAUUUUCCAAAAAUUAUUUAAACAGUUAAUUUAGCAAACGUAAACGAUUUCAGUGACACAUGUGACUUUGUCUGAUUAAUCCUUUUUUUGUUUUAUGCUACCAUUUCAAAUCUGACACUAGAAAAUUGAAAAACUUUAAACAGAACAUUUGCUCUAAUGCACUUUUGAAGAUCAAAUCUGUGCCUACAUGUUGUUCUUGUCUAGGGUCCCAAUCUGUUCAGGAAUCUGAGAGUAUAUAAAACUGUUGUUCAUGUCUUUGAAUCGUCCCAGCAUCCUCUGUAUUAAUGUGUGAAUGAUUGAGAGAAGCACAAACCAGUGAUUUCUACAAAUGAGAGUCAAAUGUUUUCCGUCAAUUUGGUUUGCAGUCAUGUUUUGAAUCUACUGUAGGUGUGUGUGUGGCCUGGUGUUGUGUCUUCUAAACUAAGGAGCAAUAUACUGUUUGUAUGUAGGUAAAUUUAAUUAUUUAUUUGUUUUUCAAGUGUACUUAUAAGUUGUUAAAACUUUGCGUUCAACCAAGUGUGUUAACAAUGUGUGCUUCCAUGGUUUUUAAUGACUUGGAUCCUGAACAUUCUCAUGAUGAAUUAGGCAGAUGGCAAACUGCAGCUUGUUUCUCCAUUGUUUGCUGUCUUUGCCAAUGAUAUCAUCGUGUUGGUUUCAGAGACACUUUAAUGACGCUCAUGUUCUUUCAGAUAAGUCUUAACCUUUUUUAUUUUGUAUGGUUCUCUUUAAAAAUGGCUGGUGCAGUGUUUUUGUCGAAGUGGUUUUGGAGUUGGAACACUGUCGUCAUCUUCUUCAUGUUUGUUGUCUCGAGUAAAUGUGACAGCAGUUCCUCUGUCCGGGAAGUCCCAUGUCAUAACACACUAGUUAAAGCGAUGUGGUUAGCACAAGCACAAGCUGAUCAUCCGAAGGAGUUUAUGGUGUCACUUUUUGAAGUUGGAUACAUGGAAUAGUUGUGUUUACGAUGGCAAGCUGUCCUCCUGUUAUAUAAAACUGCAGACACCUGCAGUGGACCUUUGAUUAUUUGUACAGAUGGGUCGUGGCUCACUCCUGUUAUUUCAUAACUCCAGAGGUGGAACGGUGUCUGGAUAAUAUGACUUUUUUUAAUUUAUUAUUUUUCUCGAGUGUUGAAUAACUGGGCUUAAACUUUUCAUACCAGCAGUUUUCUUGUCCCUUCCUUCUCAGGAAGUUUGUACACUCUGAUUAAAUAUGAAUUGAAUACA